GCAGCACGAGCAUUUUCGUAAACAAGAGGAAGACGGAGAGCUUAUAAAACAACAAGAGUUUGGAUAACAUAACAAAAUAGUAGCUGCUACUAAAUGUCUAAGCACACUUUAAUAGGUGGCGGCACUGGUUUUAUUGGUAGUCAUCUGGCCAAACAUUUGACCCAAAGGGGCUAUGAAGUAACCGUCGUUUCCCGAAUGCCCGGCGUGAAACGCAUCACCUGGCACGAAAUCGAAAAGAAUGGUCUACCAAGCACAGUCAACUCGGUGGUCAAUGCCACUGGCCAGAAUGUGCUGGACCCGAGCCGCCGUUGGACGCCUGGAUUCAAGCAGAAUGUUUGGAACUCGCGUGUGAACUCGGCAAAAACGUUGUGCAAUGCCGCCAAUGCAUCGCCACAGGUGACAUCGUUUGUCAACCUCUGUGGCGUUAGUUUGUAUCGACCAUCGGAUACUAAGGUGUACACAGAGGAGGACAAAGGCGAGGAUUACGAUUACAUGUCCCGCUUGUGUCUGGCAUGGGAGGAAGCAGCUCGCACUGGCGACAGCACGGAACCAUCCAGUAAAUCAGCCAUAGUACGCACUGGUGCCGUUGUGGGGCGAGACGGAGGACUGAUCAAGGGGAUUUGGCUGCCAUUUAAGCUAGGAUUAGGUGGCCCCAUGGGCACUGGACAGCAGAUAAUGCCUUGGAUACACAUGCACGAUCUGUGUGCUCUCAUCCAGUACAUAAUUGAGAAUUGCAAAACGGGCAUAUUUAAUGGCGUGGCACCUGAGAUAGUUAGCAACAAAGGAUUCUCCCAGGCCUUUGCAUCAGCAAUCAAUCGCCCCUGCCUCUUCAACGUGCCUGAGUUUGUGGUGAAAACCAUCUUUGGUGAGGAGCGUGCUGCCUUGGUGUUGGAAGGAGCCAAGAUCGAACCGAAGAGAACUCUCUCCUCGGGAUUCCAAUUCAAAUAUCCCAAUGUGAAAUCGGCUGUGGCUGAAGUGAUCGGCAAAUAAGUCAAAAA